GUGAACCAUAAUGAGACUAGUGUGAACACGUCCUCGUGUAGCAGAAGAGGACCGGGGACCCGGGUGGGGAGAAUAGAUCCUCCAAAAAACGGGAAUAUUGGAAUAAAGUCAUGUCCACUCGACGGCAUCGUUCCGCUCCAAUGCCCGCCGUGAGAUAUAAGACAGCGUUGACCUACCCGGCUCUCUCCCUCAACAACCAUCAUGCCUAGACACAUUGAGCACGUCCAAGAGCUCCCAGCAGACAGUCCGGUGUCGAUUGACAACGAGGACAAGAUCUUGUACGGGGACUCACAUCUCGACAUCAACCCUGCAGAUGAAAAGACUAUCGAAGGCUCCAGGGAUCACGAGCUCACAGCCGAGCAAAUCGCUCAGCUCAGGCAGCGCUAUGGCCACAAGGCCGAAGCGGACGACAUUGCGCCAGCUCGUGAUGUUCAGAUGAUCAUGGAAAAAGUCAUCGGCAUGACAGACGAGGAGGCCCUCGAAGUUCUCGUGGAGGCGAUUCAAAUCCACAAGGCCGACCCAAAUUUCCCCCCUUGGACCAUGAGCAAGCUUCGUGCUUUGGUCGAGGGGUACAAGGCUUGCGAUAUGUCCGAGGACGACUGGAGCUUUGACACGAGGACUGAAGCUGCUAUUCUCAAGUAUCACUCGCCGUAUCCCGAGGUUCGAUCGGUCACUGAGCCGUUUGAUGAUCCCACGAUCCCUGUUGAGACGAUAAGAUCAUACACGCUUGGCUUCAUGUUCAUGGCUGGGGCUACGGGUCUGAACACAUUCUUCUCUCAAAGACAACCAGCCAUUGGCUUAUCGUCCCUCAUCAUGCAGCUACUCCUCGCACCCUGUGGGUAUUUCUGGGCUCGCGUCGUCCCCGCAUGGACCAUCCGACUCGGCAAGUGGGAACUGCCACUGAACCCUGGUCCUUGGACAUUCAAAGAACAAUGCUUUUCGACCAUCUUAUUCACGAUUGUCAAUGGUGCAGGCUCUGCCCAAAUCCUGAUCCUGACUCAACGACUCCCUCAGUUCUUUGGACUCGACUGGGUCAGCUGGGGCUACGAGAUCCUGAUCAGUAUCUCCCUCCAGGCUUUUGGAUUCUCCCUGGCCGGUCUCGUCCGCCGUGUGGUCAUCUACCCGCCUCAGGCUAUCUGGCCUGGUAUCCUGCCCAAAAUUGCUCUCAACAGAGCGCUAGUCGUGCCUGAGAAGAAAGAGACCAUCAACGGUUGGAAGAUCUCGAGAUACCACUUCUUCAUGCUCGCCUUUGGCGCCAUGUUCAUCUACUUUUGGAUACCCAAUACGCUGUUCCAGGCACUUCACGCGUUCAACUGGAUGACUUGGAUUGCUCCUGAGAACUAUCCCCUGGGCAUCAUCACAGGCUUCUAUGGCGGAAUGGGUUUCAACCCGCUCGCCACAUUUGACUGGAACGUUGCGGGAACCGGAACACUUACGACUCCGUGGUUCUCGACGAUUCAACAAUACUUUGGCCAGAUGACAGCUGGACUCAUCAUCAUCGCCAUGCAUUGGACAAACUCUUACUGGGCGGCUUACAUGCCCAUCAAUUCGAACCAGUUGUUCAACAACGUUGGAGGUGCAUACAACACGUCAGAGCUGCUCGGAUCCGACUUCAAGGUCGACCUCGACAAGUACAAGACAUACGGCCCGCCAUACUGGAGUGCUGCCGCCUUCUUCACCGAGGUCGGUUGGUAUCUCUGGUACAUGUUCUCGAUCCCCCUGAUCAUCACCCGAUACUUCCCUCAGAUCCAGAUGGCUCUUGGCGGUAUUUGGAGAAGUUUGCGACACCGAGAAUCCGUGUACGAAGGUCAAAACGAUCCCCACUCGCGCAUGAUGGCCCAGUACAAGGAAGUUCCCGAGUGGUGGUACCUCUGCGUCCUCGUCGUUUGUCUCGGCUUUGGACUCAUCGCCACGCUCGCCUGGCCGACGCUCUUGCCCGGUUGGGUUCUUUUCGCGGUUCUGCUCUUCCACAUCUUGCUCCUCGUACCCUCAGUCGUCAUCGAGUCCUAUGCCAACGUGAGGAUGGACGGGGGUAUUCUGUUCCUCGUCCUCGCUGGACUGUGGCUACCAGGGAAUCCGCGCGGGCUGAUGGUGGCAUUGAUGUAUGGGACGCAAUUUGGCCAGCAGACAGACAACUUUAUCAACGAUCUCAAGUUUGGACACUAUGCCAAGAUCCCUCCAAGGGCCAUGUUCAGAGGCCAGAUCCUCUCGGUCAUUUUGAACACGUUCAUUUGGCUGGCAUUGACCAACUGGAUGAUUGACCAUUUCCAGGUCGGCUCGUUUUGCAAUUGGGACAACAAGCAGCAUAUGGUAUGCGCCGGUGUCCACGGUCAGUAUGCCCUCGCCCAGAUGUACGGUGGAUUCGGUGUCCGUAACCUGUUCAAGCUCUAUCCCAUCCUGCCAUGGACAUUCUUGCUCGGGGCCGUGGUCGGUACCGGCUGGGCGCUCACUGAGCAUUACGGACCUGGCAUCAGGGAGCGGGCACGACUCACAUGGUCAGAACACAAGUAUACGUGGACCAAUCGUCUCUUUUUCAAGCCCGUCGAACUCGUCGGAUGGGUCGAUCCCGCCAUCUUCCUGCACGGAUGGGUCAAUUGGACCGGAGGGUCCAACCUGUCGUACAGCACCCAGGGUGUCUACAUCUCGUUCACGUUCAUGAAGUACAUCCGACAUCACUAUUCGGCUUGGUGGCAAAAGUACAACUAUCUGCUUGAAGCUGGCUUCGAUCUCGGUGUCGCCAUUUCCGGCAUCAUUCAGACACUCAUCUUUGCCAUGGGUAAUCAUGGAAAGGGGUACUCGAUCGAGUGGUGGGGCAACACUGUCAGUGAGGCGGGCGUGGAUUACCAGAGUUAUAAUCAGAACGCGACGCUGUUGGCUAUCCCAAAGGACACGGGUUACUUUGGAUUACCCCCGGACCAGUAUCCGAUGUCCUUCUAGGCCUCCCAAGCGGAGCGGGGGGGGCGGUGAUGAUACGAGGGACGACUUGAGUGGAGCGAGACAGAUGGCUGUGACGAGUGAUCGAAGAAACGUGGCCAAGUUUCCGCUCGGCUGGGGCUCGUGUAACGAUAAAACGAAGGAAGAUUACAACUAUUUGGAAUGUAUUUUGUUCUCUCUCCGUAUAGGUUCCUCUUCUGAGGUACCGAUGGCGGUCUCAGAC